GCGGCGGGGGUGAGGCGGCCGGGCCGACAUGAACAGCGUGGGCACCGAGUGCUUGGAGCUGAAGCGCGGCUACGACCUGUGCUUCAACCGCUGGUUCGCGGAGAAGUUCCUGAAGGGAGAACGGAGCGCGGAUCCGUGCAGCGAGCUCUUCAAACAGUACCAGGAGUGCGUGAAGAAGGCCAUCAAAGAAAAGGAAAUCCCAAUUGAAGGACUGGAAUUCAUGGGACCCAGGCGGGAAAAGCCUUAUGGAAGUGGUGGUUCAUCAUGAUGAACAAUGUCACUGGAUUCUUGCUUCCAUUAUUCUUUCAAUGAACUUAAAAAGCCAUUUGUACAGCCUGGUGUUGGGAAUCUCACAACAGUGGAUGCAGAGAGCAGGGUUUAAUACAAUGCUGUUAGACUCUAGUUAUUGUUUGAUAAUUAAGUUCUGGAAUUACAGUUGUGAAUUACUUACAAAGUGAUCAUGAUUUUAAGUUGGUGAAUUUGUAUUCCCCUUGUAUAGUUUUUCUAACUUUGAAGUAAUGCUUGUCUUUGACGGUUCUUGUGAGACCCAGAUCCUCAAAAUAAGAAUGUGCUAUGGUAAUGUGUAGAUUUCUGCACUGAGCUCCAACUAACUAAUUAUGUAUAAGAGUAAAUUUUUUUGUAAAACACAAAGUUUUAAUAUAUUCCCUUAAAUCUU